ACUUGAAGGCGGGAGGGCAGGGGAACGAACUGGCGGGAGAGGCGGAAGCCCAGCGGCGCGGCGAGGGUCUCGAAGGGGGAGCUCUGAGAGGCCCCCUCCCGCUCUGGGUGGCGCGGGCAGAGGUUUCAUACACCUGAGAGAAGAGAAUGUCAAGACGCAGUAGCCGAUUACAAGCUAAGCAGCAGCCUCAGCCCAGUCAGACGGAUUCCCCACAAGAAACCCAAUUAAUUCAAGCCAAGAAGAGAAAAACAGCCCAGGAUGUCAAAAAAAGAAAAGAAGAAGUCACCAAGAAACAUCAGUAUGAAAUUAGGAAUUGCUGGCCACCUGUAUUAUCUGGGGGCAUCAGUCCUUGCAUUAUCAUUGAAACACCACACAAAGAAACAGGAACAAGUGACUUCUCCAGAUUUACAAAUUACAGAUUUAAAAAUCUUUUUAUUAAUCCUUCACCUUUGCCUGAUUUAAGUUGGGGGUGUUCAAAGGAUGUUUGGCUAAACAUGUUAAAAAAAGAGACCAGAUAUGUUCAUGACAAACAUUUUGAAGUUCUUCAUUCUGAUUUGGAACCACAGAUGAGGUCAAUACUUCUAGACUGGCUUUUAGAGGUAUGUGAAGUAUACACACUUCAUAGGGAAACAUUUUAUCUAGCACAAGACUUUUUUGAUAGAUUUAUGUUGACACAAAAGGACAUAAAUAAAAACAUGCUUCAACUCAUUGGAAUUACCUCUUUAUUCAUUGCUUCCAAACUUGAGGAAAUCUAUGCUCCUAAGCUUCAAGAGUUUGCUUAUGUUACUGAUGGUGCUUGCAGUGAAGAGGAUAUCUUAAGGAUGGAACUCAUGAUAUUAAAGGCUUUAAAAUGGGAACUUUGCCCUGUAACAAUCAUCUCCUGGCUCAAUCUCUUCCUCCAAGUUGAUGCUCUUAAAGAUGCUCCUAAAGUUCUCCUACCUCAAUAUUCUCAGGAAAAGUUCAUUCAGAUAGCUCAGCUUCUAGAUUUAUGUGUUCUAGCCAUCGACUCAUUAGAGUUCCAGUACAGAAUACUGGCUGCUGCUGCCCUGUGCCAUUUUACCUCUGUUGAAGUGGUUAAGAAAGCCUCAGGUUUGGAAUGGGACAACAUUUCAGAAUGUGUAGCUUGGAUGGUGCCUUUUGUAAAUGUAGUAAAAAAUAAUAGUCCAGUGAAGCUGAAGGUAUUUAAGAAGAUUCCUAUGGAGGACAGACACAAUAUCCAGACACAUACAAAUUAUCUGGCUAUGCUGGAUGAAGUAAAUUAUAUAAAUACCUUCACACAGCAGGGACAGUUGUCACCAGUGUGCAAUGGAGGCAUUAUAACACCACCGAAGAGCACAGAGAAACCACCAGGAAAACACUAAAGUUAUCUAAACAACAAACUGGAAUUGACUAAGUAUUGGGCAGAAUUUCACUUAAGUACUAAAGUUUUACAGGAAAAUAGUGCUAUGACUGUCCUAGCCGAUUCAGAAGUUUCACUACCAUUCUUCAAUUGAAAAAUCAUUUAAAAUUGCAUUAAGGAAGAAAUGUAUUCCUAUGUUAGCUGUUCAAAGAAACAGCAAGACCUGUUUACAAAUAUGACUUCAUUCCCACAGUGACUGGAUAUAAGCCAGUUAUAAUUUACGCCAUAGCAAAAAAAAAAAAAAAAAAUUUAGGGGGCGGAGAUCAAGUGUUACUGUAUUUAUCUUGAUAAACUAGCCAUUCUGUCAUUGGAGUUUUGGACGAAGGUGCUAUCUUAAAGGGAACAUUAAAUGGCACAAUACUUGACUAGUGCAAUUUGGUUCUGGAGAAUGAAAUUGAUAAUUGUUUACAAAGAUUCAAUUUUGUAAUAAGGUGACUAAUUUAUCUACAGCUGCUGUAGAGACUAUUAUAAAACUUGAAUUUUUACAAAGGGUGAACUUUAGUCUGUCUUUUAACUAGUUUAUCUGCCUUGCCAUAACAUUUUUUUUUUUUUACCAGUAACGCUUUAGAUGAACAUGGUGUUUAAACUGUGCUCUAAACAGUGGGAAUACCAAAGAAAUUAUAAACAAGAUAAAUGCUGUGGCUCCUAUUGGGGACUUUAUUUGACAAAGUUGCUUUAAAAUAAGCCUUUUUGUAUAUCACAAUUUGGGUGUCAAAUCUAAGUACCCUUUCAAACUAUUUAUAUGAAAAAGUCACUUUAUUACUCUAAGAUAUCCUUAAGGAUUUUUUUUAAUUUAGUGUGAUUAAGACUAUUUAUAUUUUACAAAACAGUUAAGGUCCUUUUCAAAUUCCUACAUUAUUAGUUAAGGACAGUGUCAAAAUGAUUAGGCUUACCACUUGACCUAAACUUCUAUUUUCUUAAGACAGAAAUGUAUUAAAUGUAUACUGACUCCUAGAAAUCUAUUUAUUAAAACAAAAAACUUGACAUAAGAAUUUGCUGUAUAUAGACUAGCUAUUUUAUCUACAUAAAUAUAUUAGUUUUUAAUGAAUUCCAGCCUCAAAAAUGGGCGUAAUUAGAAAACAAAAUUAUACUAGAUUGCUAGUUUAUUAACAGAUAUGACUGUUAAUUUCUUCUUCUUGUGAAGAAAUUAUAAAUUAAGCUAUUAUGGUAUUGUCUUCUGUUUAGUUAUUGUUUAUGAACUAAUGUUUUAAUAUUUUCUCUGGAAAAAAAAUACACCACUAAAUGUAUACAUAUGUAUUAUAUAAACUUAAUCUUUUAAUACUGUGUACUUUCAGCCCAUUGUUUAAAAAAUAAAGCUACUUAAAAGUAAA